AUGGCUGGGAUCCUGAUCCUGAUUUCCGCUCGUCUGGCAAAGGCGGAGCAAAUCUACUACAGAGCCCACCACGCGGGACGGCUGCUCCACGCUCGGAUACCACAUGGACACACACACACACAUGUUGACAUCCUGAGUGCCUAUCAGUACGCUGUGAACGCCCAUGAAGCUACCCCCGAACGAAGGCAGAGAUUCUUGGUCAAACUGCAAAGCUGCUUGGCCCACCUACCUCGCCGCAACGCCCUCGUUCUGGGAGGCGACUUCGAUUGUCCGUGUGUACCCUACAAACACGUAUGUGGACAGGUUGUUACACGACACAACGACCUGCACUACGUCGACAGCCAGGAUCACCAAAACGUGUGGAGAACGCUCCACCUGACAGCCUUGAACACAUGGCAGCAACCCACGCACGGUCAGGUGGCUACCUUUGUAAUGGGAGAGCACGAAGGGGCCCCGAGCUCACAGAUUGACUUUGUCUUUGUUCCAGCACAGCAUGCCACAACCCGAUCAAAGCAGGCCAGUGCUCUCGUGGACUACCCGGUCGCGGCUUGGAGAGGCGGACCCAGGCACUAUCCGAUCUUGGCGGACAUACCUGCCCCGGUGAUAGCUCAAAUCGACCGAGAACAGAUGAUUCAAGACCUCAGGUCCCCUACUCCGACGACAGCACUGCACGGCUUUCGACAAGAAGUCCAGGCCCAACUUCCUGCACAAGUGGACCAUCUGAAUGACAUUUUCCUGCAGGCCGCCCAGAAGCACUUUCCAUUGAAGAAGACCACGAAGGCGACCAGCCAGUCUGAAGAGCUGGCCAAUUGUGCGCGGAACAUGUGGGGACUGUUCAGGAGCCUGCGCGCUCAUCGCUACGGAAUGCCGGGCAUUAUCAAUGCCUGGAGGCAAUGGACCGAGUUCUGCAGAGCCCAUAGACUGCAUAAAACCCGCUCCAAACAACGUUCCAAGCAGAGAAAACAGGAUCUUUUACAACAGGCCCAAGCAGCAGCCACCCAGGGCAAUGUACACAAGACGUGGAAGAUCAUUCGCCAGCUCGCCCCGAAGGCACGUAAAAAGCGCCUUCAACUCCACAAGGAUGGUCACAUGAUCUCCCCGGAUGAAGAGCUGGAUUGGAUUCUCACGGCGUAUGGGGAGCGCUAUGCCACAGACCCCAGCAAGGAGCCUAUCACCUUUGAGUUCCCGGCACAUUCAGGAGUGUUCCUCGACCCGCAGGAAUUGCAGUGGCACCUGGAGCACCUCAAUCCUCGAAAGGCCGUUCCUAAGGGUACUGCUCCAGCCAUUGCUUGGCGCAUUUGCUCAGACUUGGUGGCUGCUCCUGUUGUACAAGCCUUCAAUGCCUGGCAGGGCAAAGAGCCUAUUGUCCUGCAGCGCUGGGCCGAUGCAGAUGUCGCGCUGCUGCCAAAAGCACACGGCCGGUCGAAUAGCCCACUAGAUUGGAGACCGAUAGGGGUACAAGACCCGCUAGGCAAAUGCCUCAUGUCCACGAUCGUCAAGCAAACCAAGCAAACCAAGCUGGCCAUCCACGACCUCAUCGUCAGGUAUACCCUCAAUGUCUUCGCCCGCUGUCACGAAGUCCGUGAACAUUGCUCCAAGGCCCGCAUCACAAUACAUCAACAACAUGAAGGCGAGAUCAAAGUAAAGUGCCACGGCGGACUGCAGAUCAGCCUCGACUUGUCGGCCGCUUUCGACCUCGUCGAAUGGAGCCACCUCAAACAGGCCCUCGACCUCGCACAAGUUGACAUUGCGGUUCAAGAGAUAAUGCUCACCUGGCUGACACAGGUCCUCUAUCUCUUCCGACAUCGUCACCUGCAAGGCUCCAUUAAGCCCCGAAGAGGCCUUCGGCAGGGAUGCAGUGCCUCACCCAUUUUGUGGGCUGCCUUCACGUCUCUGCUAUGUGUCAGCAUAGAGGCCAGAACCAGGCCCGAAUGGACUCGGCAGCACCUCUGCUUGUACGCCGAUGACUCACAUCUCAGAUUGCGCUUUGACUCCUACGAAGGUUUUGAGACUGCCAUGGGGGAGGUCAGAAUAGUCUUCGCAUGCUUCAGGCUGUUCCAUCUCAAGAUCAGCAUGGAAAAGAGCAAGGCCAUCCUCAAGCUUGUGGGAACCUUAAAGGAUCGAGUCAAGAAGGAGUAUGUUCGUAAACAUCCCACUACGAAAAGGUUGCUCCUCAGCCCCGCGAGCCAGAGCAAUGGCUCUCCUUGGUCCCGCGCACAGAAUACCUUGGCUUGGUGA